GCCUUAAGCGAAGCGCAAAGUAUAGGGAGGUGGACUCAUUACAUGCCAUUCUUUUUUUUUCCUUCGGUAAUCCUAUUUGCCAUUGUGCGUGCCCAAUCGCCGUAUACUUUCUGCAUUUAACUUGUAUGACAUUUUUAUUUCAUCAUUAUCAUCUGGCGCCAGAUUGAGGCUGAAUGCCUCCGACUCUGUUGCAAAUUGCUGUGGAGUUCCACUGUCCCCACAUGCAAAAGUUUGGUGCGUUUUGCUGAACUCACGGGAUUCUGAACAACGCGGUUCGCUUUCUUGCCCGAGCCUCCGCACGGUGCCUGCAAGUGUCUGCCCGGAGUCAGGCGGCCAUGCCUGAGACAGCAGCGCAGGAGAGUCCCAUCGCGCCUAAAGAGUCCUCCUUCUCCAUCAAAAACCUGCUGAACUGUGAUCGAAAGCCGUCAAAGCCUAAGACUUUGCUGUCGACCGUGAAAGGGGUGGUCGAGGGCGCGACUUUCUCCUUACCUCACUGCAGGGAGCCCGGCUUCCCCAGGUUUGAACUCCCAGCUCAGAGGUUUGCGCUGCCGGCGCACUAUCUCGAGAGGUCCCCCGCCUGGUGGUAUCCCUGUACACUCACAUCAGGGGUGCAUCUCCCACGGACUGAAGUUGUCGAGAAGAGCAGCGGAUGUGCCCGAGACUCCUCCCCGGACAGGGACUCUCCCGAGCCGGUCCUCAAAAUCGAGCCGGACCGUAAAGAAAAGGAAGACGCCAAAAGCCUGGAAGAGAUCGUAUUGGAGGAAUCGAGCGACGCUGAGGAACAAAAGAAGGAAGAUAACAACAGUGAGGACUGGAAAAAGAGGGCGGAAAGUCCCGAGAGAAAGCCCUGUAGGAAGAAGAAAACUCGCACGGUGUUCUCCAGGAGUCAGGUUUUCCAACUGGAGUCGACCUUCGACAUGAAGCGUUACCUGAGCAGCUCAGAAAGAGCAGGGCUCGCCGCCUCUCUCCACCUGACUGAGACCCAGGUGAAGAUCUGGUUCCAGAACCGCCGCAAUAAAUGGAAAAGGCAGCUGGCUGCCGAACUCGAAGCAGCCAACAUGAGCCACGCGGCUCAAAGGAUAGUCCGGGUGCCUAUCUUAUACCAUGAGAACUCGGCUUCGGAGUCUGGGAGCCCUGGUAACGCACCAGUCACCCAGCCAUUACUAACAUUCCCACAUCCAGCCUACUACUCACAUCCUGUAGUCACAUCUGUACCCCUCCUGCGGCCAGUCUGAUUUUAUUUUAAUAUUUAUCUUGUUAUUACCUUUUUUGUAAGAUUAGACCUAAUAGUUUUGAAGCAACGAACCACAAGAAGACCAGCUGUAAAUGUCUACAUUGCUCACAUCCUCCAGCUUCAGCUGUACCCCUUUAAAGGCUACUCUGGGUUUAUCAAUUUAUCCUCGUUUUAUUUGACCAAUUCCGUUUUGUAAGAUUAAGCCAUGUAGUUUUGAGACGAUCUGCUGUAAAUGUCUUUUUUUGUAAGUACUUAAAAGGAGUGGUGAAAAUGUUGUUCCUUAUUAUGGUUUCACGUAUCUGUGCAAUAUUGUACAAUAGAAGUUAAAGCACUGUUUUAGAGUUUAAAGAAAAUCAUUGCAAGUUGAAACCCAAUAUACAUUGGUCUAAACUGGAAGAACGUGUGACGAGUAGCGACUCUGGACGCUAUCAAGUUUCUAAUGUCAAGGCGCUUUAACUGAAGGACAAUCAAAAAAAUAUUUAAGGUUCUUUUUAUUUAUUUAAUGAAUGUAUCGUGACAACGUAUAUUAAUUUGCUUGGAUUGUAAAUUUAUUGACAGAGGUCAAAAGAUAAAAAUUUCUAAAUUUUUUCAAAUAAUACUGUUCUGUUUAUUAUUUCUGAUUAUUUCACCAGAUGUAAGAUAC